GCGCCCCCCGCCCGGGCCGCGAGCCCUCCACCAAGGUGCUGGGGCAAUGGGUGCUCCGCGCCGCUGGCCGCCCGUCUUCCCGGGGCCCCCGCCGGGGCUGCUGCUCCUGCUCCUGAGCGGGCUGGCCCCGGGUCGCGCCUCCCCGCGGCUCCUGAACCACCCGGCGCCCGUCUGCUCCCAGCAGGGGCUGAACUGCACAGUCAAGAAUAGCACCUGCCUGGAUGACAGCUGGAUCCACCCUCCAAACCUGACCCCCUCAUCCCCAAAAGACAUCCAGAUCCAGCUGCACUUUGCCCACACCCAGCAAGGAGACCUAGUCCCUGUGAUUCACAUUGAAUGGACACUGCAGACAGACGCUAGCAUCCUUUACCUGGAGGGUGCAGAGUUAUCUAUCCUGCAGCUGAACACCAAUGAACGUUUGUGUGUCAAGUUUGAAUUUCUGUCCACACUGAGGCAUCAUCACAAGCGGUGGCGUUUUACCUUCAGUCACUUUGUGGUGGAACCUGGCCAGGAGUAUGAGGUGACUGUUCAUCACCUGCCCAAGCCCAUCCCUGACGGGGACCCAAACCACCAGUCCAGGAACUUCCUUGUGCCUGACUGCAUGGACCCCAGGAUGAAGAUAACCACGCCGUGCGUGAGCUCAGGCAGCCUGUGGGAUCCCAACAUCACCGUGGAGACCCCAGAGGCCCACCGGCUACGGGUGGGCUUCACCCUGUGGAACGAGUCUACCCAUUACCAGAUCCUGCUGAACAGUUUUCCACACACGGAGAACCAGAGCUGCUUCGAUCAUGUAUUGGAUAUACCCAAGCCCACACCAGAGGAUUUCCACCAGCGGGCCAAUGUCACGCUCACCCUACCCAACUCUCAUUGGUGCUGCCGCCACCAAGUGCAGAUCCAGCCCUUCUUCAGGAGCUGUCUGAACGACUGCCUCAGACACUCCGUGACCGUGCCCUGCCCAGAAAGCCCAGAUCUUCCAGAUAUGCCACUGUGGGUGUACGGGUUCAUCACGGGCAUUGCCAUCCUGCUGGUGGCUUCCGUCAUCCUGCUGAUCGUCUGCAUGACUUGGAGGCUCCCUGGGUCUCGUCAUGAAAAAUACAGUAAUGACACCAAAAACACAGCUAUCCUGCCUGCUGCUGGCCUGACGCCCCCCCCACUGAAGCCCAGGAAGGUCUGGAUUGUCUACUCUGCCGACCACCCCCUCUAUGUGGACGUGGUCCUAAAGUUCGCCCAGUUCCUGCUCACUGUCUGCGGCACCGAAGUGGCCCUCGACCUGCUGGAGGAACAGGUCAUCUCAGAGGUGGGGGUCAUGACCUGGGUGGGCCGCCAGAAGCAGGAAAUGGUAGAGAGCAACUCCAAGAUCAUCAUCCUGUGCUCCCGAGGCACGCAGGCCAAGUGGCAGGCCAUCCUCGGCUGGGAGGAACCCACCAUCCAGCUUCGGUGUGACCGCUGGAAGCCCGCUGGGGACCUUUUCACAGCGGCCAUGAAUAUGAUCCUACCAGACUUCAAGAAGCCAGCCAGCUUUGGCACCUACGUCGUCUGCUACUUCAGUGACAUCAGCAGUGAGAGUGACAUCCCCGACCUCUUCAGCAUCACUCCCAGGUACGCACUCAUGGACAGAUUUGAGGAGGUGUACUUCCGGAUCCAGGACCUGGAGAUGUUUGAACCUGGCCGGAUGCACCGCGUUGGGGUGCUCACAGGUGAAAACUACCUGCAGAGCCCCAGCGGCUGGCAGCUCAAGGAAGCCGUGGAGAGGUUCCGGGAGUGGCAGGCUCAGCGGCCUGACUGGUUUGAUCGUGAGAACCUUUGCCUGGCAGAUGACCAGGACCUCCCAUCCCUGGACGAAGAGGUGUUUGAAGAGCCACUGCUGCCUCUGGGAGGAGGAAUUGUCAAGCAGAAGCCCCUGGUGCGGGAACCUGCCUCCGAGGGCUGCCUGGUGGUAGAUCUGCUGGUCGGCGAGGAAGGAAGAGGACUGUCAAGGCUGGAACCUCAGCUUCAGCCCCAGGGGGAGCUGGCAGCCCAGACGCUCCAAACUGCAGUGGUCCCAGUAGAGAAGCUCCCUCCAGCUCAGGCAGUGGAACCUGUCCCCAGAGCUGUUGGAAGCAGCGCAGCCAGCCGGUUGGCCGUGGUGGAGGGCGAUGAGGCCUGCCCGCUGCUGGAGGGCUGUGGCCCUCAGCGGAACAGUGUCCUCUUCCUCCCUGUGGACUCAGAGGACCCCCCUCUCUGCAGCACCCCAACGGCAUCACCCGACCACCUCCCGGAGGAUGUAAGGGAGGAGCUUGAAGACUUAAUGUUCUCCCUCUUCCAGCAGAGUCUGAGCUGCCAGGCCCAGGGUGGGUGGGAGAGACCGGCUGUGGCCCACAAAGACCCACACACGCCCUACGAGGAGGAGCAGCGGCAGUCGGUGCAAUCUGACCAGGGCUACAUCUCCAGGAGCUCCCCGCAGCCCCCUGAUGGACUUACGGAAAUGGAGGACGAGGAAGAGCAGGGCCUGGGGAAGUCGGCCGAGCACCUCUCUCCUGAGGACCUGCAGAGCCUGAGAAGCCUCCAGCAACAGCUUUUCUUCCAAGAGCUUCAGAAGAACUCUGGCUGGGACAGUGUGGAGCCGGAAAGGCCGGCCUCGUAGGGGUCCCCCAAACCCAGAGUGCUGAAAGAAGGAUGUGUGUGUUCACAGGUGCACACGUGUGUCUGUAGAUGUAUGUAUGUUCAUGUGUGAAAUGUAUACCUUUCAAAUGUAGACAUCUUGAUUCUGAUCCCAGGGUAUCCCUUUAACUUUUCUUUCUGUGACCGUCUGGUCAUCUUCCAUCCCCACAAGGAUCCAGAGCCCAUUCCCAGGAGCUAAUGGCAGAGUGUCCCUAAGUCUCCAUCAUUUAUUCGUUCAUUCAUUCAGCUUUAUUUUGCACGUACUACAUGCCGGGCAUAUGAGAUAACAAGGAUAAAUUGCACCCAACAUGGCCCUGGCCACCAAGGAGCUUCAUCUCUAGUGAAAGGGGCAGUAAACAGAGAUUGGUCAUGCAAGAUGUAAAGGCUGAAUGGAGGCCUGCCCAGGGCUAUGAAAAUACCCAGAAGGGGCCCUUGGCCCAGGGAGAAAUUCCUGGAGGAG